CUUUUUCAUACAAAUUUUAUUUUGCAAAUCUCUCUCCUUUUUGUGCAAUGGAAGAAACCGUAGAGUACCAAAAGAAGAAUUGGAUUGCUCUAAAAAAGAGCAUCAAUGGACUGCUCAACAAAAUCAAUAGAGCCAACAUAAAAUACAUCAUUCCCGAAUUAUUUGGGGAGAAUUUAAUCCGUGGUAGGGGCUUGUUUUGCAGAUCGAUUAUGAAAUCACAAUUGAAUUCUCCUAUUUUCACCGAUGUUUUCGCAGCAUUGGUCGCUGUUAUUAACACGAAAUUCCCGCAAAUUGGUGAACUUUUGUGUAAGAGGAUGAUUCUGCAAUUGCAAAGAGCUUAUAAAAAUAAUAAUAAACCUCAGAUGUUAGCAACUGUAAAGUUUAUUGCUCAUCUUGUUAAUCAGCAAGUUGUUGAUGAACUUGUAGCUUUGGAAUUAGUUACACUUUUGCUCGAUAUACCUACCGAUGCUAGUGUUGAUGUUGCUGUUGAUUUCGUUAAGGAAUGUGGUUCGAUGCUUCAGGAUCUGUGUCCNAAUUCCUAUUGGCCGAGGGACUCACCUGAAUGGACAAAGGAUCAAGUACCACUUUCAGCUUUUGAGAGGUUCGGAAAGAAGUUGGGUGAGAUCGAGGAUCGAAUUAUUCAGAUGAAUGGUGAUAAUCAGAAAUGGAAGAACAGGUCAGGGCCUGUUAAAGUUCCAUAUACUUUGCUCUUUCCCACCAGUGAAGAGGGACUCACAGGCAAAGGAAUUCCCAACACUUUGGAAUUAGUUACACUUUUACUCGAUAAACCUACCGAUGAUAGUGUUGAUGUUGCUGUUGAUUUCGUUAAGGAAUGUGGUUCGAUGCUUCAGGAUCUGUGUCCCUUAGGGUUGCACGUGACCGUUNUUCCGCCAGCUGUUCCUCUGGAACUUGACCUUGUUGAGGAGGAAGAUCAAAUAACACAUGAAAUCUCUCUUGGAGACAAGAUAGACCCGCAAAUUGAAUUAGAUGUUUUCAAGCCGGAGCUUAAUUUUGUCCAGAAUGAAAAUAAGUAUGUAGAAUUACAGAAGAGGAUUCUAGGUGGUGGUGGUGAUCAAGACGAAGAAUCUGAGAAUGAGGAUGAGGGCGAGGACGAGAGGAAAAUUGAGGAUGAGACAGAGACAAACUUGAUCAAUCUUCGGAGGACGAUUUACUUAACUAUUAUGUCAAGUGGUGAUUUUGAAGAAGCAGGGCAUAAGCUGUUGAAAAUCAGACUAGAGCCUGGUCAGGAGAUGGAGUUAUGCAUAAUGUUAUUAGAAUGUUGUAGUCAGGAGAAGACUUUUCUGCAUUACUAUGCACUUUUGGGGCAGCGGUUAUGUAUGAGCAACAAAGUUUACCAGAAGAAUUUUGACAACUCAUUCGUGCAGCAAUACUCAAUGAUCCAUCGACUUGAAACUAAUAAACUGCGUAAUGUGGCCAAGUUUUUUGCUCAUUUACUAGGUACUGAUGCAUUGCCUUGGCAUGUUUUGGCUUAUUUAAGAUUGACAGAAGAGGAUACAACAUCUUCUUCGCGUAUAUUCAUCAAAAUCUUAUUCCAGGAGUUGUCAGAGCACCUUGGCAUCAAUAAACUGAAUGAUCGUCUUAGUGAACCCUCUAUGCAAGACGCAUUUGAGUCGAUAUUUCCAAAGGAUAGUCUCAAAAAUACGAGGUUUGCUAUCAACUUCUUCACAUCCAUUGGUUUAGGUGGGAUAACUGAAAAUCUACGAGACUAUUUGAAGAACAUGCCAAGUCUUAUCUUGCAGCAAGACAAGCGUGAUUUCAGAUCAAGUCAAUCAGAUGAUGUUCAUCAAAGUAAGAGGAGGAGGAGAAGUUAGGUACUAAAUUGUAAUGAUUCUCUUAUAAUACGAGUAUAUCACCAAAAGGUUGUUAAUCAAUUGGAAAAAUCUUUAC